AUGUCGGAGUUGCCCGCGUCGCCGCCGCCAUGGCACGAGGCCAGGGAGCCUAGGGCGGAGUCCGGCUAUAGCAGCGCGGAGCGGAUGCUCGAAGCCAGCGACGCCCUCCACGCGCUCCUCUCCACCCUCCCGCCGUCGCUCCCCGCCCUCCUCCCCUGUCUCUCCCUCCUCUCGCGCCGCCUCACCCCGCACUCCGUCGCCGACGCCCUCCUCUGCGCCGCGCUCCCGCCCGCAUCCCGCCUCCGCCUCUUCCUCUUCUCCGCGCUCUCCCCGAGCCUCCGCUCCCCGCUCCUCCACUCCCGCGCUGUCGUCCCCAUCCUCCUCGCCACGGACGCCGACGCCGCCAUGUACGACGCCAUCGCCGACGCCCAGGCCGCUGGCCUCCGGCCGCCAGCCGCCGCAUUCGAGGCGCUCGUCUUCGCCCACGCCUCCGCCGGCCGGCACCACGAGGCGGUCGAGGCAUUCUCCCGGAUGGAGGACGAGUUCGGGUGCCGCCCCACCACCUUCGUCUACAACGCUGUCCUCAGGGUCCUCGUCAACAGCGGCGUUGUUCCGGCGGCCCUGGCGCUCUAUAACAGGAUGCUCGCCACCGGCUUACCACCCAACAGGGCCACGUAUAAUGUGCUCAUGGAUGGCCUCUGCAAGCGGGGAACUGCCGCGGACGCGCUCAAGCUGUUUGAUGAAAUGAUCUCGAGGGGGAUCGUGCCCGAUGUCAAGACACACACUGUCUUACUGUCGUCCAUGUGCAAUGCCGGACACCUGAAGGAAGCUGAGAACCUGCUGCACUCCAUGAAAGACCAAGGGUGUCCACCUGAUGAGGUCACCUACAACGCAUUCCUGAGCGGGCUAUGCAAGGCUGGCAGGGUUGAUGAGGCCAUUCAGCAGCUUGAGCCACUCCGUGGUACUGGUGAGUUUGUGCUUGGCUUGAAGGGGUACAGCUGCUUGAUCGACGGUUUGUUCCAGGCUGGACGGUACGAUGAGGGAUUCCAGUGUUACAGGGAGAUGUUGGAACAGACUGAUGUCUCAUCAGAUGUUGUCCUGUACACUGUAAUGAUCCGUGGUUGCGCAGAGGCUGGCAGAAUCGAGGAUGCCUUUGUAUUUCUGGAUGAGAUGAAAGAGAAAGGUUUUGCUCCUGACACUUUCUGCUAUAACACACUGCUGAAGGCCCUCUGUGAUGUUGGUGAUCUGGAUGGAGCUCGCUCAUUGAUGUCAGAGAUGACACAAAAUAGCGUGGUCCUGGACACCACUACACACACUAUCAUGAUAUGCGGGCUGUGCAAGAAAGGACUUGUGGAUGAGGCAUUGCAGGUUUUUGAUGAGAUGGGGAAAGUUGGUUGCCAUCCAACUGUUAUGACUUACAAUGUGCUUAUCAAUGGGCUCUACAGGGCACGCAGGCUUGAGGAAGCUCGGAUGCUUUUUUAUAAGAUGGAGAUGGGAAAUAACCCUUCCUUAUUCCUGCGACUGACACUUGGCGCAAACCAGGUGAGGGACAGAGAGAGCUUGCAGAAGCUGGUUGACAGUAUGUGCCAGUCUGGGCAGGUGCUGAAAGCUUACAAACUUCUUCGAGGUAUAAUAGACAGUGGUGUAGUUCCUGAUGUUGUCACAUAUAACACAAUGAUAAAUGGACUGUGUAAAGUAAGGAAUCUUGAUGGAGCACUUAGGCUCUUCAAAGAGCUCCAACCCAAGGGGUUCACUCCUGAUGAGAUCACUUAUGGGACUCUUAUUGAUAGUCUCUUGAGGGCACACAGAGAUGAUGAUGCCAUGAUGUUGUUCCAGGACAUGUUACAGAGUGGUGGCACCCCUAGUUUGUCAAUCUACAAUAGCAUGAUGAGAUCGCUAUGUAGGAAGAAUAAAUUAUCACAAGCAAUCAAACUAUGGUUUGAUCACCUGCCCCAAAAGUACAAUCUCUCAGCCGAAGAUGAAGUAAUUGCCAGUGCCCGGAAAAAGUUUGAAGAUGGCUCCCUGGAUGAAGCAGUUAGGGAGCUAAUCAAGAUAGACCAAGAACAUGGUUCGGUAAUCCCAAAGUAG